GCUGAUCCAGUCCAACACCUGUGUCCACCAGACACGGGCGCGAACCUCCGUUGAUGGAUUGGCGCCAACGGCACAAACGCGAGGGAUGCUGUCGCGCCCUAGGCCGGCGGGCCGUCUUCGUCGCCGGCGAGCUUCCCGUAGGCACCAUUCUUUCCUGUCCUUCCCCCACUUGUACCGCAUACCGGCAUGGCAUGCUUCUUGGCCCGGCCAGGACGCGGCGGGCAACGUGGCGAGGCUGUCAGAGCGCAUCGCCUGGCGUGGCGUGCGGUGUCACCGUCUUCGUCCCCGAGGAGAAGCCCGACGUCUUCGACUCCCUCGAUCGAUUCUUCCUUCUUUCCACAUUACGGCAUUACACAGAGCAGUCGGUCACCUGUUCGAUAGAUUGCCCAUGAGCUGGAAGGUAACCGAAGCUCUGGCCUCGCUCAUACUGUCUUCUUUAAUUUGAUAAACUGCUUCACUGCACAAGGAUCUAGUGUGCGCCUACCUGAUCCUGACAAAUACAAUAUUUCAGUUCCUCGCUUCAAAGCAGGUUUGCACACUUUUUGGUGAAAAAUUGGCAGCAUUCAAUACUGCAUUCAAGUUAUGUAUGUCUUUUCGCUGUAAUGCAGAUAUGCUAUUCUGGUAAGUUUGCUCCCCUCGUUCUUCUAGGGCCAUUAUUUGUUUGAGUUGUAGUAUAGUAGAUGGCAAGAAGGUAGUACUCAGGUGGACAUUACUUGUGUGAUAAGAUUUUGGGUUUUGUUUUGUGAUUACCAAAAUAUGAUAUUCAUCAAACAGAUGCACCUUUUCUGCUACAGCAACUAUAAUCAUCGUUUACCAACGAUCCUGAAAAUAAACAAGAGCAACAGAUAUUAGAACUGGCUGAAGGUACAGAUUAUAUUCUGCUGGUUCGUGGGCUGGGCGUCCAAAUUCAUUAUGGUUGGGCGUAGUUGUGUAAUGGCUCAACUUUAUAUGGGGUUUCACAAUACAAAAGGUUCCUACAUUCGUAGCUGCAGUACUUAAAAUACAUGCAGUUCUAUGAAACUCAACGAAAUAGAUCUGUACUUUCAAAUUGAUGAAGUAUAUGUUAAACCAGUGGUUUUUGUAAGAACAACAAUUCUAUUCCGUCCCAAUGGAAUUCUGCCCAUCAAGGCUAUAAGAGAACACUGAAUUUAUAUAAUUUAUAACCAUUGAGUUGUGGCUUACAUUAAUAAACUUAGCCACGCAAUUGCACAUGCUUAGCUUGCUGUACAAUGAGGUGGAGGUGCAGAUUUAGUAGUCAAUUAGUUGUCCAGCAACUGCACAUGUACUAGUAUUCUAUUUAUAAGGACAAGCUGGAAAUUUGAAAUAAUUAUUCACAGCGAGGUAAGAAUGUUUCCUUGUGCUGACUUGAACACCUACAGCACAAAUACUUUAGUCCCAAUGAGGUGGACACCACAGACUUUAGUUUGGAAUUUUCGCAUCUGUCUGUGAACUUCCACUCUACUUUUUGCAGCAAGACUUGUAGUUGUCAACUCUUCUCUGCCCUUCCAGUUCUAGGUAAAGAACAGCAGAAGGCUAUUAAACCUACGUCUGCUCCUGCCUCCUCCGAUCAGCUUCUACUGCAAGUCUCCUAGCUAUAUGGCUCCGUUUCCUUCUGGGAUAAUGUCCCCAGUUGUUGACCUCUUCGUACGCGAGUUAUGGAAGCCAAUUAAGAAGCAAUUUGGCUACUGUCUCAAGCCUGAAAGCAAAGUUCGCAAACUAGCAAAAGCUGCUGAUGAUUUGAAGGAAAAUAUAGAUCUUGUGAAGGAGAAAAUUAAAUUGGGUGAACUCGAGGGCAAGAAACCGAGGGUGCAAGCAACAAGGUGGAUAGAUGACAGUGCUAAGUUAGUUGAAGAUGAAUCAUACAGAAUCAAGAAUACGUACGAUGGAAGGAGCACACAUAUCUUUGGUUGCUCCUGGAAUUGUUUCUUCAACUACAGAAUUAGCAGUGCUGCCACCAAGAAGAAGGCUGAUGCUGACGAAUUCAAGGAGAGUACUCCCAAUAAUGAUAGUAUCUUCAGUUUGCUCCCACCAGUUGGCAGAGAGUUGCCUCUGCCACCUAACAUCAUGGGGCAAAACAGGUACAUGAAAGAGAUUGUUGCUUGCAUCAAACAAGGCACCAUGAGCUUCAUUGGGAUAUGUGGCAUGGGAGGGGCUGGCAAGACUACUCUCCUUAAGCAAUUAAAUAACAUAUUCAGCUGUGCUGCAGAAACACAUGAAUUCGAUUACAUCAUUUAUGUGGACGUCGGUCAGCAGCAAGAUCUUGAUACGGUUCGGCAAAAUGUUGCAUCCCAACUUGGCUUGGUGAUAGGAAAGGAUGAAAGCACAACAUUUAGAUCUUCAUCGCUUUAUAACUUCUUGAAAGAAAGGAAGUUUCUGUUGUUGAUAGAUGACCUUUGGCAAACAUUGGACCUAGUGCAGAUCGGCAUACCGGAAGGUGGCAGGCUGAUUGGCCUUCAAAAUAGGCAGAUGAUAGUAAUCACCACACGCUUACAGCAUCUAUGUCACAGAAUUCAAGUGCAUGGUCAGCUGAUUAUGUUACAAAGGCUGGAGUUUGAGGAAGCUUGGAAUCUCUUUGAUGCGAACGCAGGAUGCAAUAGAGUAACCAACAGCAGUGCACAAAUCAGAGUUUAUGCCAAGAGUAUUGUGAAUAUGUGUGGAGGCCUUCCGCUAGCUCUUAAGAUAGUUGGUCAGGCUAUGGCAUCAAAAGAAAGUGAACAUGAGUGGAAGCAUGUCAUGUGGGGUAAGAUGUUUCAGCGAAGGAGGAAGUCUGCACCAGACCCACAGGUUCUAGCUCCAAGACGUGAUGCACCAGGAGUUUAGAAUUUAGAUACGUAUUGCUUGCUUCCCUUUAUUAGUGUCAGGUUUUGGAAAGUGGAAAGGUUUUGUCCCGUAGAAGGUUCUCCUACUACUUCCAAAUAAUUAGAGUUUGUUUCUUAGACUACAAGUUGUAACUGGACUAUAUAAGUCCACCCCACGUUGAGUAAUAAAGCAAGCAGAAAUUAAUCCAA